AUGACAGAUGACUUAAAAGAGACUUUUGAUGGGUAUUUAAAUUUUGAUUUUUCUAAUUUUCAUAAUAUGAUGGCUGAGGUCUUUGUUAAUGAGAAUGAUGAAUUGGGAGAGGAAAUUAAUGAAGAUUGCAUAAAAUAAAAGAUUAAAGGAAUACCUGGUCCAUAUAUUAGAACACCUCAGAUAGAAUUUGAGAGUACGAGAUGUUAAUGACAAAAUUAGAUUAGGGUGAUAAGGCUGAACAUAUUUAUUACGAUCAGGAUUCAGAAAAUAUAUCAAAUUAUUCGAAAUUUAAUUUGUUGGCAAAUUUAGAUUUUGAAAUAGAAGAAGAAGAAGAAAUAUAGAUGAGGAAAAGUUCAAAAUGCACAAAGAAAAUGUCAUUAUUUUCUCCAUCAAUACAUUUUGAUGAUGAUUAAAAAAUAACAAUGAUAAAUGUAUAAAAUAUAGACAUUUUAAAAGAAGAUUAUGAUUUAGAUGAUUUUUAUAAAUUCUUAACUACUUUAGAUUUCUUAAAUGUAUAAAAUAAUUAAAGAAAUGAAGAAUAAGAUUAAUAAUAAUAAUCAAUAUAAGUAUUAAUGUAAAUUAGAUAAUAAUUUGAGAAUUUAAUUGAAAUAUAUAUAAAAAGGACACUUAAGUAUUAAUCUAUAAGUUUUAAUUCAAAAUUAAAUCAAUAUCAAUCAAUUUUGGAAUAGUUUAUAUUAUAAAUAAAUUAUAUAAUAGAUUCAAGAGAUAGAAUAAAUAAUUCAAAUUCAAUGAUUACAGUAGAAUUUUUUAAAGGACUUUAAUUGAUGGAAUUAUUUAAAGAAUUACUAAUGUAAAAAUUCUUUGUUGAAUAAUAAAAAAAAAUGGCUUAAGCAAAAAAAGUAUUAAAAUCACAUUGGAUUACAAAGUACUUUUUGUUGAAAUCAAAAGGAUGUUAUGUAACAAUGUUUAAGAGAGAUAAAGAAUAGAGAUAAUCUAUAACAAUGAUUCCUUAAUAAAUUGAUUGGGGCAAAUUAGAAUUACAAGAAACAACCUAUCUUUGUAGGAAUAAAGUACCAAAUAGACCAAUCUUUAUAGGAUUAAAUGAAUAUUUUAAAUAAGCAUCUGAAAAUAAAUUAACUGAAGCUUGUUUACGAGAUUAGAAAGUAUGUAUGUUUUAAGGAGUAAAAAAGAGAAGUUAACAAAUUCAUCAAAAAUAUCAUGAAUUUAAAUCAGAAGAUGAUUAUUUUUACUAACAAAAGUUAUGA